UUUGGCUGUGUAAUGCUUCAAAUUCUCUCGGGUCGGUACCCUUGGUUUGAGAUCAAGUCUCAAAACCCAGAAUUCCGUAUUUAUGGUUUGAAACGCCAAGGUCGUGGUCCGCUGCGCCCCAACGGCCACCCUGCAAUAAUGGACUCAGAUUGGGACAUGAUUCAAAAAUGUCUGCAAUUAAAAUUUGAACUUCGGCCUUCAGCAGAUGAAGUAUUCGACUUCAACAUGCGUAGGUCUUGCUCAUCAGAUUCUUCGAGCCUACCUAACGAUUCUCCCGAUGAUGCGCAGGGUGGCUUCCCCGGAGUUUUCCCGCGCAAUGAUUCCAAUGGUAUAACAGAACACCUGCUCAAUAGUCCACGACCCCACCCUGAUCAUGAGCCGACGAAUGGAAUUAUAGAGCCUGGAGCUCAGAUAUCUUUUUCUUCUUCACCAGCCAACACUGAUUCUUGGCCAUUAUUUCCCAGUAUCAGUACUGAUCCCACAACGGCGUUCGACAGUGAUUUUCUUCGAUCGACUAGCAACCCAGGACACGAACAGAAACAAUCAGUACCAUUGCCACCUCCAAACGCAUGGUCGAGCAACCACAAAACGCGCCUGCGGGAAAGAAAUGUCGUCAUAUUUGGCGAAACAGGCUCAGGGAAAAGUUCUAUCAUCAACACAAUCGCGCAAGAGCAGCUCGCGAAGACAUCUAACGACGCACAUGGAUGUACUUCUACCUCUCAACGCUACCCAGUAGAAAUUUCAGGCCAGCGAUUCGUCCUGAUUGAUACUGCAGGUCUCUGCAUGGGGACUGCAGACUCAGCGUCAGCGGCGAAAGCGGAAAAAAAGUUGAAGAGUUUGUUGCGUGAGUUCAUGAACUCCAAGUUGGAUGGCAUCAGCCUUCUGGUGUACUGCAUGGACAACACGAUUGCCCCUAGCGCCCUCGUUAAGGCCUAUGACAAAUUCUACUCUGGAAUCUGCCAGAAGAAGGUUCCGAUCAUAGUCGUCGUCACAGGAUUAGAGAAAGAGACCCACAUGGAGAACUGGUGGGAUACCAAUGUGGAAAAAUUCAAGGGCAUGUAUUUCGCAGACCAUGCUUGCGUCACAACGCUUUGGGAACACUCAAGCUUCCCAGACCACAUUACUCAUCGUAUUUUGGAAUCGGGCAAUAUUCUGCGCAAGCUUGUCGUGAAAAACUGCACAGAUUUGCCAGUUCCCAACGGCUCGGAUUCGGCGACCGGCAAAAGCUGGCUCAAGAAGAUCGGUAAGAAGGGAUGA